AUGUUACGAGAAGCAGCGAAUGAAGUGUUACAGUCGAGAAUUCCACAUGGAUACGUUCUAAUACCAGACUACGGGCAGUACUGGUCAGAAGAGCAAAGAAUGUAUUACGAUCCGAACACUGAACUAUUCUCCCGACCCGACGAUGAAACUGUGUAUCAACUGAACGCCGAUGGAACGGAAUUUGUGCUAGUUGAGCGAAGAAAAAAGACCUACUGGUCGAGUCGUUGCUAUAAGAGGCGUGCGAAUGAGUUGCUCGGAGAGCGAGAGUUCAAAAAAUUCGAUCAGAACGAUGUGAAUAUCUGUGAGAUUGCGUUAGGAAUGGUGGAUAAAGUUGUGAAGAAAGAGGAAGAUGAGAAGGAAAAAGAGUAUCUUCGAACGAUAGCUGAUAACAAGGUUGCCAUGAUCAAGCACCGAUUCAACAAGGUUUUCAAGGAUAAUAAGAGAAAAAAGAAUCCGCAUAGGCAAUACGUGGUGUCUACUGAUGAGUCUACUGGCAACGUAGAACAUAAGCUGAAGGAAGAUGACUACUUUGAUUGGGAAGAUCCAUUUGAGGAGAACGAUGUAGACGAAUUUAGCGAUGGAGAGGAGCAAGAGAUAUUGAUGCAACAAGAGCGUUUCGAUCAACCACCAUGCUUGCGAAUAAUGGAUCAACAACGACGACUGCACAUUGUUACCAUUUCUGGUGGCUAUAUUGGCUCGGAUCGAGAUUGUGAAGUAGUCAUGUCGAAUUCGUUGAUGCCUGGACAGUGUGCUGAAUUUGGGUUUUCUGAGGAAGCGCAGUGCUAUUCCAUCGAAAAGUUAGAGUCGUCCUGUUUUAUUCAAGUGAAUGGGAACACUGUGAAGGUUUCUAUUCCUAGCUUUCCAUUAAAAAGUUCUAAUUUUCAGUCUGGAUCGCCAGUCGAUUUGUGCCAAGGUGACUCAAUUCUGGUCAAUGGAGAACAAUUUGAAGUUCAUGUUCAUUUUGGAAAUAACACUUGCCCUGGAUGCGAACCUGGAUUAUACGUAGAAGAAGAAAAAGAAGUUGAAACGAUUCAAGCGAAAAAUAUAAGAGGCGAAUACGCUAGAAGAAAGAAUUUGAAGCAGAUGAUGAAGUCUUAUGGGAUUCGGCCAGACGAGGAGCUUAGCCAGCCGAUUCGGAAGCGGCCAGCGACAGGAGUAUCUCUUCAAAAUAUUCAGCGAAAUGAUGUUCCUUCGAUUUCAAGUGAUAUGUAUGGAGGGUGUUCAGCAAAACCAGUUGAAGUGGGACAACGGAAGUUUGAUUUGCCAGCUAGCUCAAAUGCUCCAACACUUUCAGCCCCUAAACCAUUGGAUUCUGGAAACGUUGGUUUCAAACUUCUCAAAUCUAUGGGAUGGUCAGAGGGACAAGGAUUAGGUAAAGAGAAACAAGGACAUGUGGAACCGGUGGCAACUGAGAUCAAAAACAAUCGGCAGGGACUUGGAAAUGUUAAAGAACAGCCGAAGAGUUAUAAAGAUCAGAUUUUGGAGACAACCAAGAAGCGGUUUAAUGAGAAACGUUGA